GAAGCGGCCGCUCAGGCGGCGGCCCUGCUCAUCCAGGCCUGGUGGCGGGGCACCCUGGUGCGCCGGACGCUGCUGCACGCCGCGCUCUGCGCCUCCAUCAUCCAGCGCUGGUGGAGGCAGGUGCUGCGGGAGCUGCCAUUGUUGAAGCAGAAGAGGCAGCUGGAGGCCUACACUCAGCAGACGUGGGCGGCGGUCAAGCUGCAGUCCUGGUUCCGCAUGUGGCGCCUGCAGUCCUGGGUCCGCAUGUGGCUCGUCCGCCUCCGCUACUGCCGCGUCCUGCACGCCGCCCGCAUCAUCCAGCUGUACUGGCGCUGGCACAACUGCCCCACCCGGGGCUGCAUUCAGGGCAAUUACGACCUGACAGAAAAGCAACUGAACCUUCACCUCGAAAUCUCUUUGGGUUCGCAGGUCUACAAAAUCCAUCAGUCCAUCCCUCUCCCAAUAAAGGGCAUGCCAGAUCUGUAA